AUGGCUGCCUGCAAAUGGAUCCCUUUAGAGGCAGUCCAAGCUGAUGGUGGCUUUCAUGCUGGAGAAUUCAUCCACGAAGACGCUCACCAAAUGGUUGUCAAAGUCACGGCCUCCCAGGAGUGCCGGAUUGCGCAUCCCAUUGUUAAAUGCACUUAUUGCAGGACUGAAUUCCAGCAGGAAAGCAAAACCAACACAAUAUGCAAGAAGUGUGCUCAGAACGUGAAGCUCUAUGGAACACCAAAACCCUGCCAGUACUGCAACAUUAUAGCAGCUUUUAUUGGAAACAAGUGCCAGCGUUGCACAAACUCUGAAAAGAAGUAUGGACCUCCGCACUCCUGUGAGCAGUGCAAGCAGCAGUGUGCGUUUGACCGGAAGGAUGACAGAAAGAAGGUGGAUGGAAAGCUGCUGUGCUGGUUAUGCACGCUAUCCUAUAAACGGGUCCUGCAGAAGACCAAAGAGCAGUGCAAACACCUGAGCAGCUCUUCCCGGGCGAGCCUGCAAGAGAAGGAACAGUACAGUAGGCUCAGCAGUGGCAGCCACUAUAACAGCCAGAAAACCUUAUCCACCUCUUCUAUUCAGAACGAAAUCCCAAAGAAGAAAGCCAAGUUUGAUGCCAUAUCUGCCAAUGGUGACAGUUUUUCUCCGGACCUCGCCUUGGACUCUCCUGGCACUGACCACUUUGUUAUCAUUGCCCAGCUGAAGGAGGAAGUGGCUACUUUAAAAAAGAUGCUGCACCAGAAAGAUCAGAUGAUUUUGGAGAAGGAGAAGAAGAUCACAGAGCUGAAAGCUGACCUGCAGUACCAGGAGUCGCAGAUGAGGGCAAAGAUGAACCAAAUGGAGAAGACACACAAGGAGGUCAUGGAGCAGUUACAGGCCAAGAACAGAGAACUCCUGAAGCAAGCAGCUGCCCUGUCGAAGGGCAAAAAGCCUGAGAAGUCGGGAGCAAUAACCUCCCCUUAAAACCAAACCCCCAGUUGUGGGAGCUUUCCCCAGCAUUAGCCAAGGAGUCUAGGAGGCCUGCCUGAUCGCUGGAAGCCAAAACCUCAGUGUUGUCGCUAUCCCACUGCCGCGGACUCGAUGGAAACGCCUGGUGUGUGUUGCCUUUCGACAGCAUGCUGGAGCGUGUCUGGUUUCGAUCUCUUGUUGAAUACCGGUCUGUAUCACGGUGAUCCACAGGGAGAGGUCCCAGCCAUCCGAAAUCCCCCUCCCCUCCCCGAAGUACUGCUUUCUGGAAGAAGGUGGUUUGUUUUUUUUCUUAACCAGUUACUACCACUGCCAACCCUUUCCAUUAGCAAACAGGAACCCGCUGCAUUAGAGACUUGGUGCUGGUUCCCCACCUGCUGCUGGGAGGCAAUAGCCAUGACC